AUGGGCCGGGGGAGGAAAAAGGACCAUCGCGCAGCUUUGGUGAGACGUCAAAAAGUCCUUUCGCAAGUCGCGUUCUGCAAUUCUGUUUGCAGACGAUCUACAUUUGCUGACUCCGCCUUCUGUCACAACACAGCAACUCUUGCUUUGGCAAUGAAAAUAGCACAUGCUAUCAAGGACUAUCGCCAUUACUGUACAUGUUUACGGAGAGUUUAUGUGCGUUUCAGGUUGUGGGCGGGCCCCCCACGCCACCACUCGCUUCCUCUCUCUGGCGGGUAG